CGCCUCCCCGUGUCUCCCUCUUCCCUCACUCCGUUCCCUGCACCUCCCUCCAGCUCCACAGUCAGACGUCAGCGCCUGAGCAGAGAGAGUUGUGUGGCCGCGGUCGGUGUCACUGGUCCUUCCUGGAAAGCAGCAGACAAGGACACCUAGAGGACUUCCUGCACAUGAGGUCUCCAGUGCUAAUGAGGACGUGUAUGACCGUAUGCUGUGCAUGGCUUAAUGGUUAUGUGAUGUGUCGUACACACUGCAGGGGACCAAGUGGCCGGGAUUGGGAUCUGCUGCAGUCACUGAGCCCUGAUACUUUCUAAAACUAGACCGAAAAUAUCUAUGUUACACAGAGGACGAAGCUACUGAUCCCAACCAGAUUUCUCAGAAUGCCUGUUACAGACCAAGCGUUUGUGACCCUUGGCACAAAUGACAUAUAUUGCCAAGGCUCAUUAGUUCUGGGGAAGUCAUUAAGGAAUCACCAGACAUCCCGCAAAUUGGUUGUGAUUAUUACAUCACAAGUCACUAGUCGAAUGAGGGAAAUCCUCAGUAAAGUUUUUGAUGAAGUUGUUGAAGUGGACAUUCUGGACAGUGCAGAUUCGGUGCGGUUGUCUUUACUCAAGCGUCCAGAACUUGGAGUAACAUUUACCAAACUUCAGUGCUGGACCCUGACGCAGUAUUCUAAGUGUGUCUACAUGGAUGCAGACACCAUUGCUCUUCGGAACAUUGAUGAACUAUUUGAUCGGGAUGAACUUUCAGCUUCUCCUGAUUCCGGUUGGCCAGACUGUUUUAACAGUGGCGUGUUUGUCUUCAGACCAUCCCUUGAGACAUUUAACUGUCUUCUCCAGUAUGCAGAAGAUCAUGGAAGCUUUGAUGGAGGUGACCAAGGCCUCUUGAAUAGUUUCUUCAGUAACUGGGCGACAGCAGACAUCAGCAAGCACUUGCCCUUCAUCUAUAACUUAAGCAUAAGUUCUGUUUACACAUAUAGGCCUGCCUUUAAGCAGUUUGGAUCAGAGGCAAAGGUUGUUCAUUUUAUUGGUACACCUAAACCUUGGAACUGUAAAUAUAACCCACAAACCAGGACAAUUGUAGAAGAGGAAUCAUUAAGUGGCCAUCAACAUCUUUCAUUUAUCAAUCUCUGGUGGAAAAUUUACAUUUCAGACAUUCUACCUUUAUUAACAGAGCAGGAGGAGCCUGGCGGUACAGAUGAAAGGCAGCAUCAAUUUGGAAGGAUUGAACUCCAGAUAAAAAAUGAGAAUCCCACCUCAGACUGCUCCCAGGAAGCUCAUGUAGAAAGUCCUGAUAACACUCUACCCGAUAGUAGUUCUAAGCAACGUACACUUGAUGACAAUCUACAAGGUCAAGACCUCCUAUUCCCCAACCAACUCAACCCUCAGCCUGUAACUCAAGACUCCGAACAUAUGAGCCAUCUCGCCCAAUCUGCUUCUGAGUUGUCUAUCCAUGAGGCUGAAGAAGCAUUGAGAACUGAGGACGAACGCAGAAAGUGGGAAGAAGGACAUAUUGAUUACAUGGGAAAAUAUUGCUUUGAUAACAUCCAAAAGAAGCUAGAUCGGUUUUUACAGUGAUUUGUUUUCCAUUAGAUCUGCGUGGGUGCUGUGCAGCAUAACUUUUUUUCUUUAUUUAUUGUGCUGUGGCAAUAUUUUGUUUUGAUUUUUGAGAUUUUUUCCAAUUAAAUUGGAAUAAAAAUGUAAAUUGUCA